GAUGGAGUAGAACUGAUUUACACCAUUUCUCUGUUGUCAGUCUGUCCCCUGAAACGGAUGUUUCCUAAGUGUCUGACCUAGAAAUGUAAAGGCCCGAGAAAACAAACCAACCGAGGGGGAUCUUGUUUUUCCCCCGGGUCUUCACAUCUCUAGCUGUUGCCUGCCCUGUUUUCGCUUGUGAUGUAGAAGUCGAGUGGCUUCUUGGCCUUUGUUCCUAACGGGGGAUACCGAAAACCUUUCUCGCUUGGAGAAAAUGGGAAAAAGAAACGAGUAACAGUUGGAGUCGCACCUGGGGUGAAAAGUUCGUGAAUGGGAAUUGAGAAUACUUUUGACCUAAACUUCUUGUUUGCACGCACGUAUCUGUAGAGUCUUUUAGCAAAAAUCUUAUUAAAACAAGCUUAAACCAGAAAACGAUGUGAUCGAAUGUCGAUGCUGAUGCUUCAUUAGUCACACCUUCCCAUGCUGGACUGAACAUGCCAAAGGAAUCAGAGGUUCCACUCUCCUUAUCUGACUGUCGCUGUAAUAUUUGCAUGGAAAUUUUCCUGGAACCAGUCACAUUGCCAUGCCACCAUACUCUAUGCAAUUCCUGUUUCCAGCUUACAGUGGAAAAGGCCAGUCUGUGCUGCCCUUUUUGUCGUCGGCGAGUCUCUUCUUGGGCACGAUAUAAUGCCCGCAAGAACACUCUUAUAAAUUUGGAAUUAUGGGAGAAGAUUCAGAAAUAUUUUCCAGAAGAAUGUCAACACAGAAUUAGUGGACAGGAUGUAGAAGAUACAUGCAUACCUCAGCCAGUGCACUGUUUAAGUAAACCUGGAGAAUUAAGGCAGGAGUAUGAAGCAGAGAUAACCAAGGUAGAAGCAGAACGACUGGCUCAUGAACAAGAAGAAAGCAAAGCAAGUGAAGAGUAUAUUCAAAGACUGUUGGCAGAAGAGGAAGAAGAGCAGAGGCUAGCAGAAGAAAGGAAAAAACAGAUGGAAGAACAAUUAUUACAAGACGAAAUGUUAGCACGGGAACUAAAUUUCAAUCUGAAUAGCUCUACUGAGGAGCAUAUAUGCAGCAGUCUGUCACCUCGCCCAUCCCCCUCUGAUUCUUGCAAAACAUCAAAAAACAAAUUGUGCAGUUCUGAGGACAUUAAAAAGUAUUUGUCUCCAAAGUCCUCUAAUUCUUUGCCUCCAAAGUUGCACUUAAAAAAAGUAGAGCAAGAAAGCACUGACUCCUUUUCAGAGGAAAACAGCAACACUAAAAACAGCUUUACAUCAACAGAAGAAGGAAGAGGAAAUGAAGUGCCCACACUGUCUCUACAGGCAAUCAGUCAGGCAAGAAAUACUAAGGAUUCCUCAUUAGAGUCUAUUCCUCACUUAAAUGUAUGCACUACAAUUGAGUCCAAUCCUGUUGGUCUGUGUUUUUCAAGAUCUCAGGUAAAUGAAGUAGCAGAUGAACUAUCAAGGGUUACACAAAGGGAAGACUAUGAGACAGAGUGUUCCUUCUCAAACAGAGGUGCAGCUGGUUAUGACUUUAAAAAUGACAGUUUUACAAAAAAUACACCCUUGACAAAGCAUGCAAAAAUAACCGCUCUUCAGGAAAAACGUAUUUUGGUGCCAUCUGGUAACCAGCAAGACAGCAGCAUUGCCACCUGUGACCUAGCAAACAUGAUGGGAAGCAGUCCAGGAGAAAACAAAAACCACGAUGGUUCUCUAAUUGCUAAAGAGAUUUCAAAGAGAAAAUCUCAAGAAUCUCUCCCUGAAGCAGCAGUGGAUUCAUGCUUGACUGAUAAAAGGAAAAGAACUUUCUCAGAAACUGAUGAAGAAGAGAUGAAUGAUAUACAAAAGCAGAUAAGUUUGGAGCAGCAGUUUUAUGAAAGAUAUAAGCAAGAAGAAGAGGACAGACGUUUGGCUCUAAAGCUUCAGAAAGAAAUGGACAAAGAGCAGAAAACCCUAAAUCGCAAAAAAGGCUCUCCAGAUGAGUACCAUUUGCGCCCUACAACAUCUCAGUCAGUAAAAGAAUCUCCAGCUAUAAGGAAACAUACCAGACUUUCAAAGAACCCAAAGCCUUCAAACAGCCAGACUGAAACAGGUCAACGAAAACUACACAGAGGCUCCCACAAUGAGAACUGGAAGCCCUCUAAGAAACUCCAGACAAACUCUCCUGCUGUAAGAGGAGGAAAUGUUUUGAAUUGUGUCAACACCUCUGACUUAAAGGAUGCAGAAUUGCUGUCAAACAAGCAAAAAACAAUUCUUCAGAUGUUUAAGAGGUCUGCUGCAAGCUAGAUGACCAGCAGUACUUAUGUGACAUUGGUUGCAGUUAAUGAAAGGACAUUGUUGAAAAGCUAACUGGGUUACACCAUUAUUUGUUCAGGGGUCAAGUGCUCUCAACGUUAAUUUGUUCCUUAAUUGGGAAUCAAUAGUGCCUGCUGUAUGCCUAUUUGCUUUUACUUGUUUCAUUUAAGUUCUUUAACACAUGUAUGGUAACAGGUUGCUCUGAAUCUGUAGAGAGAUGUUGGCUUAAAACCACCAUGUAUUAUAGCUCACUUAGUGUUCAAAUGUGUAAUCAAAGUAGCUUCCAGUUAUCCCCUCCCAGUUCCUUACCACAACAGGAGUAAGAAAUUGUGAGAAGAUUAUAUGUAACUGAGUUGGACUAAGACAUCACUCUACUUGAUGGAUUAGUAUAACUUUGACACUGUUGCCCUUUUUGAUUCAAGUGUCCUGAAACAUUAUAUUUUCAUUGCGGGAACACAUGGUAAACUUCCCAAAUGUCAUCCUUCACACCUCCCCUAUAUUUGCCAUGAAUUAUUAAGACUACCUAAAUUGUGUUUUCUAUUUCUUGGAAUUAUAAGUGUGCAUUUGUUUAGAACAUAAUCCAUUAAAAUGGCUUUCCAGUCUCAUGUGAGAAUCAA